AGGUCUUCAGCAUCUAAAAAUAAAAAGUGUUUCGUUGCAAGCAAGCACAGAGCCACUGCAGAACCAUGUCUGUCACCUACAUGCUGGAGAUAUUUGCUGCACUAGUGUGCUGAUAAAAGGAGGUGCCAGUGAGAUGACUGACCUCUGAUUGAGAUACACAGCGAGUAUGCCUCGAGGAAGGAGCGAAAACGCAGUGAGCACCAAGGCUGGGACUCGCUGUGGUGCGGAUGAGAUUACAGGGAGACUGGGGGUUUAGUCUCUGUGCCAUGAAGCAGCAGCUACUGCGAAAAUGAGUCUCCAUGAUGGACGAAUGGCCAGUAAUGGUGAUGCAUGUUUGGGAGGCUUGAAGGUGCAGGAUCCCUCAACCCCAUCCAAGAAACCUCCCAAGCCUGAAAAUGCCAUCACCAUUGCUGUAUCAUCCCGUGUCCUCUUCACCAUGGACCUGGAGCAGCAGAUCUUUGAACAGAAAGGCAUGGAGGAGUACCUGAAGUACCAGAUUGAACAUGAGACUGAACCAUUUGCUCCAGGACCUGCUUUUCCCUUUAUCAAGGCUCUGGAAGCUGUCAAUGUGCAGCUGAGACAACUUUAUCCAGACAGCGAAGAGCUCUUUGAUGUGGUGCUGAUGACUAACCAUCAUGCCAAUGUUGGGCUCAGGCUCAUUAACUCAAUCAACCAUCACAAGCUGUUCAUUGAGCGCUUCUGUAUGACUGGAGGUAAUAGUCCAAUUGGAUAUCUGAAAGCCUACCACACCAACCUGUAUCUGUCUGCUGAUUCAAAGAAAGUGAAAGAGGCCUUGGAGGAAGGGAUCGCAGCAGCCACCAUGUUCAAAACGGAGAAAGCGACUGAGGUGUCAGAGACACAGCUGCGUGUGGCCUUCGACGGAGAUGCAGUGCUGUUCUCGGACGAGUCGGAGAGGAUCUAUAAAACGCAAGGCCUGGACAAAUUUUUUGAACAUGAAAAGGCCCAUGAAAACAAGCCACUUGAUCAUGGUCCACUGAAAGGAUUCUUUGAGGCUUUGGGAAAACUGCAAAAGAAAUUCUCCGCCAAAGGCCAGCGUAUGGACUGUCCAAUCCGCACCUACCUUGUGACUGCUCGCAGUGCUGCUAGUUCAGGUACACGAGCCUUGAAGACCUUGCGUUCUUGGGGCCUAGAGCCAGAUGAAGCCCUUUUCUUGGCUGGAGCACCUAAGGGCCCUAUGCUGGCAAAAAUCAAGCCCCACAUUUUCUUUGAUGAUCAAAUGUUCCACAUAGAAGGUGCUGCAGAGCUGGGAACUAUAGCAGCUCAUGUUCCCUAUGGAGUCGCACAGAAAGUGGUAUUAAAAGAAAAGAAAUGACACAAGAGUGUUUUAAUAAAGAUAAAAUAAGAUAAAUGGGCAUUUUGUACUAGCAUGAAAUAUGUUUUGUGUUGACAAGUUUUAUUUUCAGUGUUUGGUGCCUGCAUUGAAUGUUCAUCAGGGUGACAGAUUGUGCUAUACUAGGAUUAUCUAGAAUUUAAUCUAGAUUAUAUUUCAGCUCUGUAAGUAAACCAAACUCUGUGAAAUCAGAUGAAGCUAAAGAUCAAGAGGAUCAAGCCAUACAUGUUUUGCUGGCUGAUUAAAUAGAGUGAAUUUAAUACAGCAAGGGAUUGUAACGGAUGCACUGUAUGUGCCUUUCAAGUAUUACAGAAUACUCUGUGCCACUUAUUAAGGAAAAGAUAUUUAAAUAUUUUUACAAUAUUUAAAGAUAAGACUCCCUGCAUUCGACGUGUUGGUUGUUGAUAGAGUGUCAAAUUAUGGUACAGAGAGAUCAUUUGAUCAUCCCAGUAGAUCAUCAUAACGCUGGAACUUUUCAGUUUUCUCAGUCAUAGAUAAAAUAUUGCCUGUGUGGAAUGUAAAUUGUUUGACUUUUACGUCUAUUCGAUUAUUCUGUGAUGUUAUUUUGGGUUCUUUUCCUAAGCGUGUGAGUAUAUGUUUUAUAAAAAACUGUAAGGGUCUGCAUGUUUUAUUGUUAGUAUAUGUCAAAUUUAGUUUAUAUGAUAUACAUUUGUUCCACUGAUAUAACAGAAAUUUAACUAUAAAUUUAUAUGACCACAAGGUUAAGCAAAAAAGGGCUUAUAAUGGUGUUUAUUUCCAAACAAAUUUCUAGCCAAUUCUUACCAUCGACAUGUAUGGUAGGAAAUAGUUAGUACUUAAAGUCAUACAUUUUUGUGUAUGUUGUGAUUGGUUUACAGUAUUAAAAAUAUUUCCCUAUGUGCAUAAACACAUGUACAAUAUAUAAAUAGAAUAUAAUAUAUAUCUGUAUAAUGCAAAUGUAAUGUUACAGAUUUUUAAAUAAAAAUAAAUAGAUGCUUUAAUUCA